UCUGCAGUCCUUACGCUAUGGUGACCAUGUCGUCAAGAAGGAAGAGAGCAUUACCUCCAUGGCUACAAGGUGUCACAGUGAAGAAAGGUGUUCCUGUGAAAAAGUCUUCAUUAGCCACAGCUGCAGAAUCUACUGAUCAAAAAGAUGCUGCUGAAACAAAGGGUACAGAAAGCCAUCUGCCGAUAGAUGCUAAAGGAAAGCCAUAUGAGCAAUUUACAGUUAGACGGGAAGAAAAAAGACAGGAAUUUAAGAAGAAUCAGCCAAAUCCAUUGGAAAAAGAAGAUAUAAAACAGCAGACAGACCAUGUGGAAGAAAAAUGGUCUGUAGAAAAAGCUGUAGAAAUGUCUUACAAAGAGUUUAUAUUCCAAGGAACUAUCAUAUACUCCCACAAUAUAGAUGACUGUAACCUGUUAUGUGAUGAUAUUAUAUCUAACUUAGAUUCAAGCUCAGACACAGUUAUAGGAUUUGAUACAGAAUGGCCAGUAACAUAUGAAAAAGGAAAACAAGGAAAGACAUCAUUAAUUCAGAUUUGUCUUUCUACCUCAAAAUGCUACCUCUUCCAUGUGUCAUGUAUGCCCAAAUUCCCCAUUAUGCUCAGGAAACUGCUAGAAAACCAUGCUGUUAAAAAAGUAGGGCUUAACAUCGAAAAUGACUUUUGGAAGCUUGACGUGGAUUAUGACCUCAAAGCAAAAGAUAUCGUACAAAAGAGUGCAAUGGAAUUACGAACACUGGGGAACAAAAAGUUGAGGUCAGCGGAAAACUGGAGUUUAGAGGGACUGGCAAAGAAUGUACUUCGGGUCAGGAUUAGCAAAGAUCCAAGUGUGAGGAAGUGUGAUUGGAGGCAGUUUCCACUUCCAGAAGCUCAGCAGAGAUAUACAGCUACUGAUGCAAUUGUAUCACUCUUACUUUAUCAGGAAUUAAUCGCCAAAUGAAAUAAGUUAUGAUAUUUGUAUACCAUUUAUUUAUUUAUUGGUAGUUAAAACUUAGCUUAUUAUUUUCUGAGGUAAAAAAUAUGUAGUUUUAUCUAAUCUGUUUUUUUAGAUACAGUAAAAUGUAAUAAUACUGUUAGUUGUGACUGGAAUGGAAUAUAUUAAGUUAGUGAAAUCUGUAUUAUGUCAGAUUGAAGCUCCUGGACCUGUAUUCAUCUACGUUUAAGUCUGAAGCAAGACUUUUAGACUUCAAGAUGUUAAAUUUUCAUUUUUAUUUGUCACCACUAGAUUAGGACAUAAUGUAAUUAAACUUUGUGUGAGUGUGUCGUCUUCAGUAACAAACAGCUAAGCAAAGUUUGUGGUAUAAGUAAAUGAAAAACAAAGUUAUGACAAAUUGAAUAUUUGCCAUUCUUAAAUCCAUGUUUCAGACUUUAACAUUGAUGAAUACUUGCCCUUUUUACUGAUUUUCCAGACAGUAUAUCCCAUAGCUGGUUGACAAACCAUGUAACUAUUUAAUCUUGCCAAAUCAGGUCGUCAUUGGCACUUGUAGAAAUGCUGGAAAAUUGUAGAAGAAUAGAUAAAUCAUAACUCUGCUCAGCUCAGAAAGAAGAAAUUAUAUAUGUAUUUGCCUUCAAAUAGCUGAAACAGUGCUGAAUCCCUUAGUUUAAAUAAUUUAAAUUUCAUUCUUAGAAGUUUGAUUAACUUCGUUCAAAUUCUUUUAGUGUUAACUGUUAACAAUAUUAUUUAUUGAAUGAAUGGAUUUCUUAUACAAAUUAAAUUUAUAGUAAAGUGAA